UCGUCUGCGAGUUGAAAUGCUGGAUUAGUCGCGAUCAGUGGAGAGUUUUUGGGGACAGAAACACUGCAACGCGACAGCUGUACUCGGGUACCACCCUGACAACGGCGCGAGGUGGAAAAGCAUCAGGGCAACAUACAACUGAUGCUGCUGCCAUCUUGGCCAGGUCUUCCUUGCAAAAGACAUUUUCUGAUCUCAGUGGGAUGAACCUGAUUUUAAAAAGGCAGUUUGCUGGUCAGCCUCCCGGUUUGCUGGGGUCCUUUACAAACAGAGGAACUCAGACGAAGAACGCAAGUGACCAUGCCGACUGUCAGCGUGAAACGGGACCUUAUAUUCCAAGCCUUGGGCAGAAAAUACACGGAUGAAGAAUUCGAUGAGCUGUGUUUUGAGUUUGGGCUGGAGCUGGAUGAGAUUACCACAGAGAGAGACAUCAUCAGCCGUGAGCAGGGGGACGUGAGGGCUGAGGGAGCCUCUGAUGUGGUUCUGUAUAAGAUUGAUGUUCCGGCCAAUCGCUAUGACCUGCUCUGUCUGGAGGGGCUGGUCAGAGGCCUGCAGGUCUUCAAGGAGAGGGCGGAGGCCCCCCGUUACCGCAGGCUGAGCCCGUCCGAUGGGGCGCCCCAGAGACUGCUCAUCACAGAGGAGACGGCUGCCGUGCGCCCUCAUGCUGUUGCCGCAGUCCUGCGCAACAUCAGCUUGACACAGGAGCGAUAUGACAGCUUCAUCGAGCUGCAGGAGAAGCUGCACCAGAAUGUCUGCAGGAAGAGAACCCUGGUGGCCAUCGGGACUCAUGACCUGGACACCAUCUCGGGCCCCUUCACCUACACAGCCCGCCCCCCCGCCCAGAUCCGCUUCCGCCCCCUCAACCAGAGCCAGGAGCUGACUGCCCUGGAGAUGAUGAGCAUGUACAAGAGCGACAGCCACCUACGACAUUACCUCCACAUUAUUGAGGACAAGCCGGUGUACCCCGUUAUCUAUGACAGCAACGGCGUGGUCCUGUCCAUGCCCCCCAUUAUUAACGGGGACCACUCCAGAAUCUCCCUCAACACCAAGAACGUCUUCAUCGAGUGCACAGCCACUGAUCUGACAAAGGCUAAGAUUGUUCUGGACAUGAUUGUCACAAUGUUCAGUGAAUACUGUGAGCAGCCAUUCACAGUGGAGGAAGCUGAGGUUGUGUACCCUGAUGGCAGAACCUGCGUGUAUCCAGAGCUGGCCUACAGGACCGAGACACUGACGGGAGAUUUCAUCAACCAGAAAGUGGGAAUCAGUGAGUCGGCGGAGCACAUCGCGCAGCUGUUGACGCGGAUGUGUCUGCGCUCCGAGGUUGGGGAGGACGGGCAGAUCCAGGUGGAGAUCCCGCCCACACGGUCUGAUGUCAUUCAUGCCUGUGACAUCAUGGAAGAUGCUGCAAUCGCUUAUGGUUUUAACAACAUAGUCCGCACAACGCCCCGUACCUACACCGUGGCUAACCAGCUCCCUCUGAACAAGCUGACAGAGCUCCUGAGGCAGGAUCUAGCUGCAGCCAGUUUCACUGAGGCGCUCACCUUUGCUCUGUGCUCUCAGGAGGACAUUGCUGAUAAACUGGGGAGAAACAUCUCAGAAAUCAGAGCUGUGCACAUCGCCAACCCGAAAACUGCCGAGUUCCAGGUGGCGCGCACCACCCUCCUGCCAGGCCUGCUCAAGACUCUGGCAGCAAACAGGAAGAUGCCUCUGCCCCUCAAACUCUUUGAGAUCUCCGAUGUGGUGCUGAAAGAUGACACAAGAGAUGUGGGUGCCAGGAACAGCCGGCGUCUCUGUGCCGUGUACUACAACAAGAGUCCCGGGUUCGAGGUGAUCCACGGCCUAUUGGACCGGGUCAUGCAGCUUCUGGAGGUUAAUCCGGGCCCGGGAGAGGGGUACCACAUCAAAGCCUCAGAUGACUGCAGCUUCUUCCCCGGACGCUGUGCGGAGGUUUUUGCUCAUGGGCAGAGCAUUGGCCGCCUCGGGGUCCUUCAUCCUGACGUCAUCAGUCGCUUCGAGCUCACCAUGCCUUGCUCCGCCCUCGACAUCGACAUCGAGCCGUUCCUGUGACCCGUGCCCCGCUCGCCCCGCCCCGCUAGCCCCGCCUAUUAGAGCCACAUGCUUCUGAGGUUUGGGGUGUUUUGGCUCAGCUCAGCCCAGUCCUCCAUCUCUCCCUCUCUCCCUCCUCUCUCACUGACUCCCUAUCUCUCUCUCCCUCCCUCUAAUCUCUCUGACUCUCCCUGUUGGGUGACAAAAUUGCCUCUGAAUCACCCUGGUCUCCUGCACAGUGCAGCUGGGUUGGCUGUCACACUGUUAUUAGAGUCAUAGUCCCGUGGGUAUCAUCAGGAAUAGAUCCUCUCACCUGCUCUGUAAUUCAGUUUUAUACAUCAGAUUAAUAUGAAUAAUAAGUCUGUUUCUGUAUGGCUGUUUUAAAUAGCUGUCAUAGUGUACAUGAAUAAAAUAUACUCGUGGAGAAGAGUCA